CUCCCUUUUAGUACUGGCUCCCCCUGCCCACGCCCACGCGCACCUCCUCACCCCCCGAGAUCGGAAUCGGCGCCCGCCCGCCCGCUUCCGCCAUGUCGCCGUCUCUGCUCGGGGGGCUUACCAAGUCGCUGGCCAUGACGGUGCUCUCCGAGGUCGGAGACAAGACCUUCUUCGCCGCCGCGAUUCUGGCCAUGCGCCAUCCCCGGAAGCUUGUCCUUGCCGGCUGUCUAUCUGCGUUAACAGUGAUGACGGCUUUAUCUGCUUCUCUAGGCUGGGUUGCACCGAAUCUGAUAUCGCGAAAAUGGACCCAUCAUAUCACCACUCUGCUGUUCUUUGUGUUUGGCAUCUGGUCGUUGUGGGAAGGCUUCAAAGAAGACGGAGAGUCAGAAGAUUUGGCUGAAAUGGAAGCAAAGCUGGAUGCGGACUUUAAGAGUAACAAAGGAGAAUCAAAAAAUAAAUCAAAGGCAACUGAUGAUAAGAAGAAACAGAAAAGACCAUUCCUCAUGCAGUUCUUCUCACCAAUUUUCAUAAAGGCAUUUUCCAUUACUUUCUUUGGUGAGUGGGGUGACAAGAGCCAGAUUGCUACAAUUGGCUUGGCUGCUGAUGAAAAUCCUUUUGGUGUUGUCAUCGGGGGAGUCAUAGCUCAAGCACUUUGCACCACUGCUGCUGUCAUGGGAGGGAAGAGCCUAGCCUCACAGAUAUCUGAGAAGAUGGUUGAAUUGUCAAGUGGAGUGCUAUUCCUGUUGUUUGGCAUAAUGUCUUUGUUGUCAGGACCAGAAGGGCAACUGUAAUUUCUCCAGGAAUUUCAGCAGAAGCAGCAUGGCCUCGUGUCUAGUUAUCAUCACGCUUUGCUUUUAUUUGACUUGCCCUAUUUGAUGGCUGAUGGCGGCAAAAGCCAGGCGUCCUUCAUGAACUGGCUGGCGAUUCAUAGUUUAGUCAACACAUUGUAACAUUUGGCUUGCCAUUCAUAAAUAACUAGAUGCUACUAAAAUCUCUAGUGAUUGCUUCCUGCCAGUCACAGAACCUGGAAAUAUUCAGUAAAAUCUGAUGUAGUACUCGCUA